GGCCAGGCGCACGACCGAGCCCCAAAAAUGGCAGCCACGCCGGCGACACCACAGGUGCACAUCGAGUCCGUACAGACGGGCUUGCCGACUCGCGCCGUUGAGCCGGACAGGACGCGCUACAUCGCCGUGCCCGCGCCGCCGCUCCCGGAGACCGCGCUGCAGCGGCGCCUCCGUGUGGUGCUGUACUACAGCGCCGAUGAUCACGCGCCGUGGGAGGAAGGUAUAUGGGUAAGGGAGUCGCUGGGCGAGGCGCUGUGCUUCUUUCCGGAGAUGGCGGGCAGGCUCCGGCGCCGGGCCGACGGGGACGGGUCGUGGGAGGUGAAGCUGAACGACGCAGGGGUGAGGUUCCAGCAGGCGACGGUGGAGAUGAGCAUGGAGGAUUUCCUGGCGGACAAGGACCGGGCGCGGAAGGAAGCCGCGCUGGCGCCGUGGGUCGACGUGAGCGCCGAGGAUCCUGAUAUGUGCUCGCUCCUCUUCAUGCAGCUGAAUUGGUUCCAGGACGGGGGAUACGCCAUGGGAGUGAGCUGCACGGUGCUGCUGUGUGACCCGCUGUCGCUGGCGAGGUUCCUCCUCAAGUGGGCGCGCACGCACAAGGAGAUCAAGGAGCAAAACAAGCUCGUCCUCAGGCCGAUCAUGCAGUACAUGGCAUACUUCGAGCGGCCGGAGAUCUGCUGCAGGCGCAUCAGGUCCUUGCCCAUCGACUCUGUCGCCGCCGACGGCGCCCACGCCCAGACCGUGCUCUUCAGGACCGCCGCCGGCUCCGCGACCGGCGACCUCCGCACGCUCGCAGCGGCCUGUAUCGACCAGGCGAGCGAGGAGCUCAAGGUGGACAGGGUGUCGCCGUUCACGCUCGUCGUCGCCCCCCGAGACUCCGCCCGCGGAGCGACCACCGUCGAGACGUCGGUCACGGCAGAUGGCCUGAAGAAGGGUGGCGCCGGCCAUGCGCUGGAAGCCGCGGGGUGGAGCGAGCUGAGGCUGGAGGAGGUGACUCUCAGGGGCGUCAAGCCCGUGCAUGUGUCGUACAGAAUUGCGGCGGGCGGAGACGAAGGGCUCGUCGUCGUCAUGCCUGACGGCGAUGGUUUCCUCGUCACGGCGACUAUUCCGGAGUAG